CCCGGAGCGGAUCACGAGCCAUGUGGCGCUGCAGCGGGAUGCGGGCUCUUGGGUGGCUGCGGAGACCCAGCGCCGGCAAUGUGCACCACAAAAUCUGCAGGGAGAGGAGUGACCAAGCUAGUGAGAAAGCUCUGCGGUAUAAAGUGGGAGAAAAGAUUCACGGAUUCACAGUAAACCAGGUGACGUGUAUUCCUGAACUCUUCCUAACUGCAGUGAAGCUCAGUCAUGACAACACAGGAGCCAGAUAUUUACAUCUGGCGAGGGAAGACAAAAAUAAUUUGUUCAGUGUACAGUUUCGCACUACUCCAAUGGAUAGUACUGGUGUUCCACAUAUUCUUGAACACACAGUCCUGUGUGGUUCUCAGAAAUAUCCAUGUAGAGACCCUUUCUUCAAAAUGUUGAACAGGUCGUUAUCCACUUUUAUGAAUGCCUUUACAGCUAGUGAUUAUACUCUGUAUCCAUUUUCCACACAAAAUCCCAUGGAUUUUCAGAACCUCCUCUCAGUGUAUUUGGAUGCAACCUUUUUCCCAUGCUUGCGGGAACUAGAUUUCUGGCAGGAAGGAUGGCGACUAGAACACGAGAAUCCAAGUGACCCCCAAACGCCCUUAAUCUUUAAAGGCGUUGUCUUUAAUGAGAUGAAGGGAGCAUUUACAGAUAAUGAGAGGAUAUUCUCACAGCACCUUCAGAACAAACUUCUUCCUGACCAUACUUACUCAGUGAUCUCCGGAGGUGAUCCAUUGUGCAUCCCAGAGCUGACAUGGGAGCAACUUAAACAGUUUCAUGCUACUCAUUAUCACCCAAGUAAUGCUAGGUUCUUCACUUAUGGUAAUUUUCAGUUAGAACAGCACCUGAAACAAAUUCAUGAAGAAGCGCUGAGUAAAUUUCAGAAAAUUGAGCCAAGUACCACAGUGCCAGCCCAGAAGCCCUGGGAUAAGCCCAGGGAAUUCCAGGUAACAUGUGGCCCGGAUUCACUUGCUACUGAUGCCUCUAAACAAACAACCAUCAGUGUUAGCUUCCUGUUACCAGAUAUCACUGACACAUUUGAAGCCUUCACAUUAAAUCUCCUGUCUUCCCUCUUGAUUUCUGGGCCCAAUUCCCCAUUUUACAAAGCCUUAAUUGAAUCUGGACUUGGCUCAGACUUUUCCCCUGAUGUUGGAUAUAAUGGCUACACGAGGGAGGCCUACUUCAGUGUGGGUCUCCAGGGGAUUGCAGAGAAAGACAUUCAGACCGUCAGAGACCUUGUAGACAGAACAAUCGAUGAAGUCAUUGAGAAAGGAUUUGAAGAUGAUCGAAUUGAAGCUUUGCUUCAUAAAAUUGAAAUACAAAUGAAGCAUCAGUCUACCAGCUUUGGACUCGCUUUGACAUCAUACAUAGCUUCUUGCUGGAAUCACGAUGGGGACCCUGUGGAGCUCCUGCAGAUAGGAAACCAGUUAGCUAGAUUCAGGCGGUGUCUUAAGGAAAAUCCCAAAUUUUUGCAAGAAAAAGUAAAACAGUAUUUUAAGAAUAAUCAGCAUAAGCUGACUUUAUCAAUGAAACCAGAUGACAAGUAUUAUGAGAAACAAACAGAACUGGAAACAGAAAAACUAAAGCAGAAGGUCAAUUCUCUUUCCCAGAAAGACAAGCAACAGAUCUAUGAAAAAGGUUUAGAAUUACGGGCUCAGCAAAGUAAACCUCAAGAUGCCUCCUGCCUCCCAGCAUUAAAAGUCUCGGACAUCGAGCCAACCAUGCCUUUCACUGAGUUGGAAGUGACAACAGCAGUGGAGGAAGUCCCUGUGCAGUACUGCGCUCAGCCCACCAACGGCAUGGUGUACUUCCGAGCCUUCUCUAGUUUAAACACACUUCCUGAGGAACUGCAGCCCUAUGUGCCUCUGUUCUGCAGCGUCCUCACCAAGCUGGGCUGUGGCAUCCUUGACUACCGAGAACAAGCUCAGCAAAUAGAACUGAAGACUGGAGGCAUGACCGUUUCUCCCCAUGUGCUCCCUGACGAGUCACAUCUGGACACCUAUGAGCAGGGUGUGCUUUUUUCAUCUCUCUGCCUGGAUCGAAACCUGCCAGACAUGAUGCACCUAUGGAGUGAAAUAUUUAACAACCCAUGUUUUGAAGAAGAAGAACACUUUAGAGUGUUGGUGAAGAUGACUGCACAGGAGCUCUCCAACGGAAUCCCCGACUCCGGUCAUCUCUAUGCAUCUCUCCGAGCAAGCAAGACCCUGACACCUGCGGGGGACUUGCAGGAGACCUUCAGUGGGAUGGACCAGGUGAGGUUGAUGAAGAGAAUUGCAGAAAUGACAGAUGUGAAGCCAAUCCUGAAAAAGCUCCCACGGAUCAAGAAGCAUCUGCUAAAAUGUGACAACAUGAGAUGUUCAGUGAAUGCCACUCCUCAGCAGAUGUCGCAGGCACAAAAAGAGGUAGAAAACUUCAUCAGAAACGUUGGUCGCAGUAAGAAGGAACGGAAACCUGUGCGCCCGCAUGUGGUCGAGAAACCUGUGCACAGCGGCUCCAGUGGAAGCACACAGGCAAAUGGCUCCCAGAUCAUAAAGAAGCUGGUCACAGACCCCACUUUUAAGGCCUGCCAAAUGAAGACGCAUUUCCUGCUGCCAUUCCCGGUGAAUUAUGUCAGUGAAUGUGUCAGAACUGCUCCCUACACAGAUCCAGAUCAUGCCAGUCUUAAGAUCCUUGCACGUUUGAUGACUGCUAAAUUCUUGCAUACAGAAAUUAGAGAAAAAGGGGGUGCUUAUGGUGGAGGUGCUAAACUCAGCCAUAAUGGAAUUUUCACUCUUUACUCUUACAGGGAUCCAAACUCAAUAGAAACACUGCAGUCUUUUGGAAAGGCAGUGGACUGGGCUAAAUCUGGAAAGUUCACACAGCAGGACAUUGAUGAAGCUAAACUUUCUGUUUUCUCCACUGUGGACGCUCCGGUUGCCCCUUCUGACAAAGGAAUGGACCACUUCUUGUAUGGCCUCUCUGAUGAGAUGAGGCAGGCACACAGGGAACAGCUCUUUGCCGUCAGCUAUGACAAACUCAUUGCUGUGAGCAAUAAGUACCUUGCCAUCGGGAGGAGCACACAUGGACUGGCCAUACUUGGACCAGAGAAUGCAAAAAUUGCUAAGGACCCAUCAUGGAUAAUAAGAUAGCUGGUCACUAGUAUUUCUGACUAUACUCAGCAACUCAGGACAACUCUUAAAAAUGAAGCCUCUGAGCUAAAUGUAAUUUGAAAGAUCAGAAACAUGGGUGCUUUUUCCAAAAGCCCAUAAUGAUGUCAUUCUUAAAAUUUUGUGAAAGGUAUUUAUUGACUGUCAACUUGGACACAUUGUCUUAAACAGGGAAAUAUGUGGUGAUCAUGAAGAAAUCAAAUGCCAAAUAUGAAUUAGAAUUUUAAAACAUUUUUAAUCUUAGAACAUUUAUUUUAAAAAAUAAAA